ACAGUCGAACGUAAGAGAUAAAACUGUGACAAUGAGUUUCUUGCAAACUUUGCAAAAUAUUUUCAGUAAAAGUGUCCUUGGUGCUGGAGAAAACAAAAUAAUAAAGACAUCUAAUCCUGCCUACAGAGAAUGGCAAGAAAGAAUGGAAGCCAUUUUAAAACCAGGAAAGAGAAGCUACUUCAUCAGAAGCCUUUGGCAUGUAGAAUGUUCUCGCUGCAAUCACUACCUGUAUCAAUCCAAAGAAGAGACGCUAAUCGAACAAACAAGACUUUGCGUCGAGAACUACAGAGUGGCUUUUAGUGGUCUAAAGGAUUGUUUCGAUGGCAGAGAUAAAUCGGGAAAACCUUGGAAAACGAAAUACCCUGCUCUGUUAUCCAAUGACAAUGUUCACGUCAUCAGAACACUGGAGAAAAAAUGGACCAAAAUGUUCCCAACGUUGGACAUGAGUCCAAUUACGGAGGAUUUAAAAUUUCUCAUUCAUGCCGAUCCGUACUUCCAUCGAGCUUGCAAGUCAUCCAACACGCACGAUCCGUUUGUGCUGGAGAAUUACCAAAGAGUCCUCAAGUCGUUGGCAAAGAUCGCGUCUAUUUUGGAGAAACCGAAAGUUGCCGAGUUAAUACUUUUGUAUGUAAAUGAAAAGACGUUUUGCCAGGAAGAUAAUGAACCAUACACUGUUACGUGCUGGGGAGAACCGGCUUACGCUUUUCUCGGUGGUCCAUUGACCGAACAACAGUUGACAUGGAUGAUGUUUGCUGUCAAUAUCGCCCAUGUUCCAGAAAAAGAAUCAGACCAAAUAAGGUACACUCAUGACGAUGAGACGGUUGAAUCGCCGGUGGUCGAAGAGAACGUGGCGCCAUCUUAAAUGCGAAACAUCCUUCAUGUCAUCACCAUUUUCCGCAUACUUACCUGACAACACUAAUCAAGAGAAAUAUAGGACACCUAGUAACGUAGCUUUGAAAA